GUUGCUCUGUGCUGGAUUUAGGUGUGGAUGGAGGAGCAUGCCCUGUCCUCCGUGCUGCAGAUGCACCUGCAAGAUGACCAUGAGAGCAUCGUCCACCAGGUCUUGGGCCGACUUGGUGGCCUCAGUGAAGAGUCCACAUGGUGCAUCCGGCAGGGGCAUGACCUGCUGCUACGCUCUGCCCUCCGGAGGCUGGCUCUCCGGGGCAGCGCCAUCACCACCCUGGCCCACAUGAGACUUUCCGGGAAGAAGAGCCUUCUCCAGGAGCUGCGUGAGCAGCACGCCCUCGAGCAGGGCUCCUCCCAGUGUCUGGAUGAACAUCAGCUGCAGCUGCUCAGAGCCUUGGAGGCUCGAGUCGUGGAGGAGGCCAGCCGGCUGGAGGGGGAGACACAGCAGACGCGGCUGCAGCUUCAGCAGCAGCUCCUGGCCGAGGCCCAGGAGGUCGGGCGGCUCCUGCAACAGCACUCAGAGCGAGCCAUUGGGCAGGCGCUGCUGGGGCACGCUCGGAAUGCAGCCACCAAGAGCCGGGCCAAGGACAGGGAUGACUUCAAGAGGACCCUGAUGGAGGCGGCUGUGGAGAGCGUCUACGUGACCAGCGCCGGGGUCAGCCGGCUGGUGCACGCCUAUUACCAGCAGAUCGGGAGGGUCAUGCAGGACCACGAGGAGAGGAGACUGCAGCAUCUGAAGACCCUGCAGGGUGAGAGAAUGGAGAACUACAAGCCGCGGACAAAGCAAGGACUCGGGGAGCCUUCGUCGGGGAGCCCGGUGGCGGGUGGAGCCGGCGAAGCCUGCAAGGCGGUCCACCAGAGGAUGGAGGCACAGCAGAAAAAGUUCCUGGCCCAGUUCACCGUGCACCAGCGGAUCCGCCUGGAUGCUUGGAAGCAGAAGGCAAGGGCUAUGGAUCAUCUGGAAGCCCAGCUCGAGACCCAGCUGCAGGAAGCCGAGCAGAGCUUCAUCUCUGAGCUGGCGGCCUUGGCCCGGGUGCCCCUUCCGCAAAGUAGACUGUCGCCAAGUAAGCGUGGACUGUCAGAGAAGCCUGUCAGGAUGAGAAGGAAGAAGCCCCCACCCCGGGAGAAAGGGGACCCAGGGGGGCCCACCGACGAUGACCCUGCCUCAGGGGGCCACCCCUCGGGAUCACUCAGCAGCAAAAGGCUGAACCAGCAAGAAAAUGAAGCUGGUGACAGCGAGAGCCCCAAGAAGCUGCUAAGGGAAAGAAGCAAUUUGUAGAUCGCGGCGGUCGGGGCUGAAGCCGAGGACCAGGCCUGAACACUGCCUGCUUGCCGCGCCCCGCCCAGCCCAGUGAGACGGUGAGGGGGGAUGGGAGUCCCCCUCUGCCUUCCAGGCUCGCUGUGAGGGGGCUGGACAGAGACUGAUGGACAGCGCCCGACAAGGCCUCCGUGAGCAGGGCGUACCCUCCGGCCUGUGGAAUUAGAAACCCAUGUGGGACACCUGUCUGCAGCUUUCUCUCUCUCUGGCUUCGAGACAUGGCUCCCUUCCUCAGGGACCUCUUCCUCCCUGGCUGUCUGAACCCCCCACCCCACGGUGUCCUGCUGCCCCCCGAACCCGGCCGCCUAGCGUGAGGCUGCUUCACUCCAGCUUCAGGGACCCGCCUGUCCCCGGUCACUCCCAGGUGUUCUGCUGGGCUUGCAGGGGUCUCGGAGAGGGCUGGGGUCUUCUGGCUGGAAGCCUUUUUUCCACCAUUUCUACCACCUUGUUCUGUCUGUCCCAUGAGACGUGUCCCAUGCACCGUGUCCCAUGCACCUGGCCACGGUGUUCUCAUCUGGACCCAUUCCUGGGUUUAGCUCAGCCAGCAGCUAACGCCUGGCCACUUUGGGUGGUGGUGAGUCUCAGGGCCUCCGCACCCUGACACAGACCGUGGAAUCCCUGGCCUGAGGGCCUAUGUCACCGACCCUGGGGACCCUAGCCCCACAGAUACAUCAUGACACCUGCCGUGGGUCUUCUGGGGGUGGCCCCACUCAGCCCGCCGGCUCGUCCGGCAAGGGGACAAGCAGUUCUCCCUCAGGAGGCCUGUUCCUGGGGGACUCUUCUGCUCCCAGAGCUUCCAGACCGGCCCUAUUUAAACUACUGCGAGGAGAGGCCUUUCCCACCCAGAAAGAAAAUUACUCUUCUCAUUGAAAUCAGGGAUUCCCAACUUUGGCACUAUGGACAUUUUGGGUGAGGUAAUUCUUCAUUUGGGGCAGGGGCCGUUCUGUGCGUAGAUUCCAGGAGCACUGCCCCCCAGUCGUGGCAACCAGACUUGUCUCCAGACGUGGCCAGAUGUCCCCUGGGGGGCAUCACCCCAACCCGAGUCAAAGUGGGCCAGCGCCUGGUGAAUUCGGACAGAGUGGGCCCUGGGCCCCGGGACCCCUGUCACGGAGAUGUCCUGGACCAUUUGUGGCCUAAGUUUUUAUUUCUUAAAAUCUAACUUAGACUCUCUUAGGAAAGAGUGGCUCUGGGACAGAAGUCAUCCACGGUAGUUAGGUGGCUUGUUAAGGAUGCUUCCCGUCAGAGCAUCGGGUCCUAACGGGUCUGCUCGCGGGCUCCCUCUUGUGGCCAAAUAAAGCAUUUCAUUGUUCUGCUAA